ACAACACUUCAUGCAUGAGCUAAUCGUUGUCAUCAAAAGCAUCAUCAUGGUCACAAUAGAAAAGUUGCGUCCUGUGCAGUGUAACAUGUGUACAUGUUUUUAGCAUGCCUAUAUAUGAGCUUCCUGUGGAGUGUAAUAUGUGUACAUUUUGUCUAGCAUGCCUAAGUAUGAGAUACAGCUAGAUUUGUAUCCAGUAUCAUGUAAUAUGCGUGCAAUAGUAUUGGGCUGGGUUGAACAUGUCGACUUAUGCUGCCACAUACAAAUAAGUAAUUAGGCGAUUUAAUCUCCAAUACUAGGUUUCCUAAAAGAAAAUAGAAACUCUUAGGCUGUGUUUGGUUUGAUGGAAAGGGAGAGAAAGGAAAGUAAUGUGGAAGAGAAAAUGUAUUUCUAGUGUUUGUUUUGAAAGAAAAUAAAAAGGAAAAAGAAAAUAAACUUUCCUGUUGAAAAAUCACUAUAUCUAUUUUCUUUCCCCAUUUCUCUCAGCUGCCCUAGUGAAAACGAAGGAGAGCGACGGAAACGCCUUGCUCGUCGCCUCCCCGAUCUCUUGCGUCUCCCUCCAAAACUCGAGUCCUCGUUCUCUCGUUCACUCGCCUCCUUGUUCUCUCCUCUCUUGCCUCCUCGUUCUCUCCUCUCUCUCUCUCUCUCUCUCUCUCUCGAUCCAUGGAACCCCUCUCGACGCUGAUCAAACUCUCGACGCCGAUCAAAUCCCAUUCCGACGCCGAUCAGAUUUGCUGAAGAUUUGAAUUCUCAUCUCAGAUCUGUUGAGGCUUGUAUUUGGUGAUAUAUUUGAUCUUUUCGGAACCGCUCCAGAUUCAACUGCAGGUUUCUCUUGGAUCUCUCUGUCAACAUGAAUCCAAAUUCAUCCGAGAAUUGUAUUGGCGCAAUUGAUGGAUCUCAUUUUCGAGUGAAAGUGGCAAAAGAAGAUACAAGAAGGUAUCGAGGCCGAAAAGAAUUUCCAACUCAAAAUGUGCUUGCCGCUUGCACCUUUGACUUGAAAUUCACAUAUGUUCUAGCUGGUUGGGAAGGGUCUGCUUCAGAUUCGCGGGUGUUGAACAAUGCAUUAAUACGACAAGACAAAAUAUUUGUUCCUCAAGGAAAAUAUUAUUUAGUUGAUGGUGGUUUUAUGCUGAGGCCGGGAUUCCUUACACCAUUUAGGAGCACGCGUUAUCACCUCAAGGAAUAUUCAACAAGACAACCUGAAAAUCCUCGUGAAGUGUAUAACCAUCACCACUCUUCACUGCGAAAUGCAAUUGAGCGUGCUUUUGGAGUCUUGAAGAAGCGAUUUCCAAUCUUGGGUAAUGGAACAGAACCUCAUUAUCCAAUUAAAACACAAAAAGAUAUCAUUUAUGCAUGUACUAUUCUACAUAAUUUUCUAAUGGGUGUUGAUCCUGACGAGGGGCUUCUUGAACAAGUUGAUCAGGAAGUUUUGAACCAAAUGAUAGAUGUUGAAGCUCAUGUAAAUGAUAAUGAAGAGUAUAGACGAGGAGAGAUUCUAAGGCAAAAAAUAGCCGAUGAUAUGUGGAGAGAUUAUUCGAAAUAUUUUCAUUCUUCAAAUAAAAAGUAAAUGUGUUUUAUUUGCCCUCUGCUAAUGUUCCUGUGCAAAAAAGUUUCAAUCUGGAAACAAUUGUAUCGUCUAUA